AAUCCACCUUCAACUAUUUCGUCUGACCUUUUCGCAGCUACGUCAACUUCUGGUGCAUGUUUUGGACCUUUCGUGGAUUGCUUUCCUGCCCACGAUACUUGCUGAGAUCUUCAUGGAUGGCGAUAAUAGGAAUCAAGUUCCAAAACCAGGCGAAGCAAGCAGGAUGGAGAAGAAAACAGCUAAUGCAGGCGAAGUGUUGGUGGUGAUCUCUGGGCAAGACUCCAAAGUGACUGAAUGCAAUGACGUCCAUACUGGGCAUGCUGCAUCGAAGUCUCCACGUUUAAACGGCGCUUCUCCUGAAAUACGGUUCAGUCCCAGCCCAAGGAAGCCGCCCAAACAUCCUCUUGGCAGCGAAAACUUUGUACAUAGAAAGUCGCUGACGAGGUCAGUGUAUUCCAAACCCAAAUCAAGAUUUGGUGAACAACCUUAUCCUGUUGAUGCUACCUUGUUUGAGGAUACCAAUGAUUUCACAUUGCAAGAACAGUUGGCUGUUAAUUCACCAUGUAGAUACUCAUUCAACAAGGGUUCACCAAAUAACAAAUCCAGGGUGGUUAAUAGAACAGCCUCCAUAACCUCUACCAUCACUCCCAAGACACCCUUCACGGCAUCUCCAGGGCCUGCGGGAGAGGAUGAGGAUGAAAUCUUUUAUAGGAAAGUUGAAUUGAGUAAAGGGAGGCGCAAGAGAGUAACCACGAUGGUUUUGAUCGAGUGGAUUGUAUUUGUAUGCAUGAUGGGGUGCCUAGUGGUGAGCUUGACUGUUGAUAAACUGAAAAACACAAUCAUUUGGGGUUUGGAGUUUUGGAAAUGGUGUGUGCUUGUGUUGGUGAUCUUUUGUGGCAUGUUAGUCACAAACUGGAUAAUGCACAUCAUUGUGUUCUUGAUUGAACUGAACUUUUUGCUGAGGAAAAAGGUGCUAUAUUUUGUUCAUGGACUGAAGAAGAGUGUUCAGGUCUUUAUCUGGCUGGGUUUGAUUCUUCUCGCUUGGGUUCUGUUAAUCAAUCAUAGGGCCCAGCGGUCUGAACUCGCCACAAAAAUUUUGAAUGGUGUAACGCAGACUCUAAUUUCUCUUCUCAUUGGAGCAUUCUUAUGGUUCUUUAAGACAUUGUCUUUAAAGAUAUUAGCAUCAAAGUUCCAUGUCAGAUCUUUCUUUGAUAGAAUUCAAGAAUCAAUCUUUCAUCAGUAUGUCCUGCAGACACUAUCAGGGCCUCCACUCAUAGAGGAGGCAGAGAAGGUAGGGAGAUCACCUAGUAUUGGUCAAUUUAGUUUUAGGAGUACAAAAAGCAAAGGAGGCAUAAAGAAAGAGGUCAUUGAUGUGGCAAAGCUUCACAAGAUGAAACAAGAGAAGGUUUCUGCUUGGACCAUGAAGAUUUUGGUUGAUGCAGUGACAAAUUCAAGGUUGUCGACUAUCUCUAAUGCACUAGAUGAAACUUUUGAACAAACUGAUAAAGAGAUUACUAAUGAGAUGGAAGCAACUGUUGCUGCCUAUCACAUUUUCAGAAAUGUUGCCAGCCCUGGUUCCUUGUACAUUGAUGAGGAUGACCUUCGGAGGUUCAUGAUUAAGGAAGAAGUGAAUCUGGUGUUUCCCCUGUUUGAUGGAGCAGAAACUGGACGAAUUGACAGAAAGGCCCUAACAAGUUGGGUGUUGAGGGUUUAUCAGGAGCGCAAAGCAUUGGCACAUGCCUUGGGUGACACCAAAACAGCAGUGAAACAGUUAAGCAAGCUAGUGACAGGGAUUCUGGUGGUCGUGACCAUAGUAGUGUGGCUUCUUCUGAUGGAAAUUGCCACUACAAAAGUACUUUUGUUCUUCUCAUCACAGCUAGUACUCGUUGCUUUCAUGUUUGGGAACACAUGCAAGAACAUAUUUGAAGCUAUCAUCUUUGUGUUUGUGAUGCAUCCCUUUGAUGUAGGUGAUCGAUGUGCUGUUGAUGGUGUUCAGCUACUGGUUGAAGAAAUGAAUAUAUUGACAACGGUCUUCUUGAAGCUUGAUAACGAAAAGGUGUAUUAUCCAAACUCAGUUCUAGCCACGAAACCCAUAAGCAAUUAUUACAGAAGUCCAGAUAUGGGAGACACUGUAGAGUUCUGUGUUGACUUCAUGACACCAUUGGAGAAGAUUGGGGCUGUGAAAGAGAAAAUAAAGAGGUAUUUCGAGAGAAAUCCACAACAUUGGCAUCCUAAUCACAUGGUUGUAGUAAAGGAGAUUGAAAAUGUGAACAAGAUAAAGAUGGCUCUGUAUGUAACCCACACAAUGAACUUCCAAGAGUGGACGGUGAAGAACAAGCGAAGAAGUGAACUGGUGAUGGAAAUCAAGAAGAUAUUUGAAGAGCUCAGCAUCAGAUACAAUCUUCUUCCGCAGGCGGUUCAUCUCCGUAAUGCUGGAUCUGAUGCGUCUGUGCUCGCGAGAUGAUAUCAUUUGUCUUGUCACUCAAUUGUGUGACCCUUUAGGAUAGUCGAGUCUUGAAUGUGGUCAAUUUUAUUCCAUGUUAUGGGAGUAUAUAUUAUUUUUCAUGAAUUUGUGGCGUGACAGGCAUGAGUUUGAUUUCCCCCCA